AGAGAGAGGUCAGUAGAAGAAAGAGAGUCAUGAGAGAGGAGGAAGGUGGGGGUGGCAGUUGGGCGGCAACAGCUUGCAGAAGAGAGGGUGCUGUCAGUGUAAGGGAUAUAAUAUUUGUAUAAUUGAUUGUAGUUGGGCUUUGGGUAAUAGAAACUUUGUAAAUGUGGGUUGUGAAGUAUUGAUUUGGGCUUAGUUUGUUAAGUAGUUAGUAGUAAGGAGAGAUAUAAAAGGCCAAUGUAUAGGAAAGAAGAGUUAUCGAGUUGACCAAGCGUUUUCUCAGAAUUGUGUAAUCUUGGAGCCAUGGGAAGGGAUCGAAAGUCAAAUCUCCCCAGAUAAGGAGUUUUGCUGAACUCGAAUCAGGAAGUUCAUUACAGGCUGGUGCUGGUGCUAACCGUCAACAGUUAUCAAUGACCUUGUAAGUUACAUGAAACGCUUCGUUGAAAUAGUCCACUAUUUCCCUGGUUGGAACUAAGGCCCUGUUGGCUUUCAUGGCGUCACCCUCAGAGCAAACAACUUGUGAGACUAUGAACAGUGAAAAAUAUGCUGAUAUCAACUGGGAUGAACUUGGAUUUAAUCCAAUUCCAACGGAUUACAUGUUUGUGAUAAAAUGCUCUAAAGGAGAAAACUUUUUACAAGGAAAUCUCACUCGCUUUGGGAACAUUGAGCUGAGCCCAUCUGCCGCAAUCUUAAACAAUGGACAGGGAAUUUUGGAAGGUCUUAAGGCAUACAGGAGAGAAGACAAUCGUAUCACGCUCUUCCGGCCUGAACAGAAUGCUAUGCGCAUGAAGAUGGGGGCAGAGAGAAUGUGCAUGCCAUCACCAUCUACCGAGCAAUUUGUUGAUGCUGUAAAGCAAACGGUCCUUGCCAACAAGCGUUGGGUGCCGCCUCCAGGGAAAGGGUCAUUGUAUGUGAGGCCUUUGCUCAUGGGAAGUGGAUCUGCUAUGGGUGUUGUGCCGGCACCAGAAUACACAUUCCUAAUAUACACUUUUCCGGUUGGCAACUAUUUUAAGGGUGAUACAGCUAUGAAUGUGAUUGUUGAGGAAAAGCUUUGUCGAGCUAUCCCUGGUGGACCUGGAGGUGUCAAGACAAUCACCAACUACGCACCGGUUUUGCAAGCAGUUACCCAAGCAAAGACCAAAGGAUUCUCUGAUGUCUUAUUCCUAGAUGCGAAGACUGGAAAAAACAUUGAGGAGCUUUCUUCAUGUAACAUUUUCAUUGUGAAGGGUAAUGUUAUUUCAACUCCAGCUACGCUAGGAACUAUUUUGCCAGGAGUUACACGAAAAAGCAUCAUCGAAGUUGCCCUUGAUUUUGGUUACCAGGUGGAGGAACGUGUUAUUCCAGUUGAGGACUUGAUGGAUGCCGAUGAAGUUUUCUGCACAGGAACUGCGGUGGUCGUCAAUGCCGUUGGUAGUAUAACUUAUCAGGGUAAAAGGGUUGAAUAUAAAACUGGAGUGGAAUCAGUGGCCCAGAAACUUUAUGCAACGCUAACAGGAAUUCAGACUGGGCGUAUUGAUGACAAGAUGGGAUGGACUGUCCAGGUGGAUUGAGCUUUAAUCGUUAAAUACAGUUUAUGUUGGAAGUUGGUGGACCUACAUUCAUUUCUUGUUUCUUCUUCUCACUUCAUUUGGAAUGGCUGGAAGCAUGGGUGUAUAUGCUACACCAUGCAACCCUUAACUUUCUUAAUAUUAAUUAUAUAACUUAAAUAAAAUCUCACAUUUACUCCA